ACACACACACACACACACGCUGGAGGGUCCCCAACACGGGGCCGCGUGGCUGAGCGGGAGGAGGCACCGGGCUGCGCUACCGUGAAGGGGUCACUGUGGACCCCCCCACUUCUCGAUGCUGUGACACGUCCCCAGGGCUGUGGGCUCAUGGAGGGGAUGAGCAGGGGAUAUAUGGGGGGGGGGGGGUGUCACCACACAGUCAUGGGCUGAGCCGGGCAGGGGGCUGAGCAUGGCUGAGCACGGCCGCACUCAUUGCAGCGAUGGCCAAGCAGGGACCCAGUGGGUGCACUGAGCGCCUGCCCCACGGCUGGGGGGGGUGGACCAGGGUGGGGGCUGUGGGGCAGAAGGGCUUUUCUCGGCCCAGCAAAGCACCCAACCACCCACCACAGCACAGCCAGGCACCUCGCUGCCCACCACCCCCCUUUUUUUCCCCCCCAUUGGAGCUAUAUAAGGUUUGUUUUGGGGUGCCCCCCUGCCCACGCUCCGGUGUGCUGGUGGGGGUUGGCCCCACCUGCGUGGGCGCCGUGGGGAUCAGCAGAUCCCUCCUCAGCAGCAACAGCAUCUAUUUAUAGCGGCCCCCAGUCCUCCCCCCCCCGCCCCGCCAUCCGGCACCACUCGGCAGUUAUUAAUGCUGCCAGCCCGUCGCUGAAAUGAGGGGGGUUAAUUCGGCACCAGCCCUUUGGUGGCGGGUCAUGUCCCCCCAGCUCACCCCGGGGUGCUCGGGGUUGUCCCCCCGGGGUGACAGCGGGGUCAGAGGUGGUGGCACGGAGCCGGGAAUGGACGCGGGCAUCACAAUGCGGCUUUGUGUCCCCGGUACCAUCGGGGACGUGAAGCAGAGGCAGGAAAACAAGGGGCUGCGGGACGGCGGGACGCGGUGCCUGGCCGGCUCUGCCACCGCCGGGGACGGUCACGCCGUAGGGACCAGGGCAGCCGGUGCCACUACCGGGGCCGGGGGAUGCUGCCGGGCAGCCGGUGCCCGUCCCGGAGGCACUCCUGUAUCGGCUUUGACCUGGAGAAUGGCCCCCCGGGUCGGGGCACGCUGGACCCCCAGGCCAGCCCAGGCGCGGGGCUGGUCCUGCAAGGCACCUUCACCCAUGGCCAGCGCCGCGAGUCCUUCCUCUACCGCUCCGACAGCGACUACGACCUGUCCCCAAAAGCCAUGUCCCGCAACUCCUCCAUCGCCAGUGACCUGCAUGGAGAAGACAUGAUCGUCACACCGUUUGCCCAGGUCCUGGCCAGCCUCCGCACCGUCCGGAGCAACCUGACCCACCUCCAGGACCGCGCUGGUGUCAAGCGAGCGUCAAGCAGCAGCCUGCCCUCCGGGAGCAAGGCCAGCCUCGCCGAAGAUGCCCACCAGAAGCUCUCGCGGGAGACCCUGGAGGAGCUGGACUGGUGCCUGGACCAGCUGGAAACACUGCAGACCAGGCACUCGGUCAGCGAGAUGGCUUCCAACAAGUUCAAAAGGAUGCUGAACCGGGAGCUGACGCACCUCUCGGAGACGAGCCGCUCGGGGAACCAGGUCUCCGAGUACAUCUCCAGAACCUUCCUGGACAAGCAGCAUGAGGUGGAGAUCCCCUCGGCACUGGGCAAGGACAAGGAGGAGCGGAGGAAGCGCCCGAUGUCCCAGAUCAGCGGCGUCAGGAAGCUCACGCACGGCUCCAGCCUCGCCGCUGCCGGCAUCCCCCGCUUCGGGGUGCGGACGGACCAGGAGGAGCUACUGGCCAAGGAGCUAGAGGACACCAACAAAUGGGGGCUCAACGUGUUUAAAGUCGCCGAGUACUCGGGCAACCGCCCGCUGACGGUCAUCAUGUACAGCAUCUUCCAGGAGCGUGACCUGAUGAAGACCUUCCGCAUCCCCGUCAACACCUUCAUCACCUACAUGCUGACGCUGGAGGACCACUACCACACCGACGUGGCCUACCACAAUAACAUCCAUGCCGCCGACGUGGCACAGUCCACUCAUGUCCUCCUCUCCACGCCUGCACUGGAGGCUGUCUUCACAGACCUGGAGAUCAUGGCUGCCAUCUUCGCCAGUGCCAUCCAUGAUGUUGACCACCCCGGUGUUUCCAACCAGUUCCUCAUCAACACCAACUCAGAGCUGGCGCUGAUGUACAAUGACGCCUCAGUGCUGGAGAACCACCACCUGGCCGUGGGCUUCAAGCUUCUCCAGGAGGAGAACUGCGACAUCUUCCAAAACCUGAGCAAAAAGCAGAGGCAGUCACUCCGCAAAAUGGCCAUUGACAUGGUGCUGGCCACAGACAUGUCCAAGCAUAUGAAUCUGCUGGCGGAUUUGAAAACCAUGGUGGAAACCAAGAAGGUGACCAGCCUGGGGGUGCUGCUGCUGGACAAUUACUCUGACCGGAUCCAGGUCCUGCAGAACAUGGUGCACUGCGCUGACCUCAGCAACCCCACGAAGCCGCUGGAGCUCUACCGGCAAUGGACCGACCGCAUCAUGGUGGAGUUCUUCCGCCAAGGCGACUGGGAGCGGGAGAAGGGGAUGGAGAUCAGCCCCAUGUGCGACAAGCACACUGCCUCGGUGGAGAAAUCCCAGGUGGGCUUCAUAGACUUCAUCGCCCAUCCGCUGUGGGAGACAUGGGCCGACCUGGUGCACCCCGAUGCCCAGGAGAUCCUGGACACGCUGGAGGACAACCGGGAAUGGUACCAGAGCAUGAUCCCACGCAGCCCAUCCCCACCACCCGAGGGACCCGGAGCGUCCCGCGCCACCACCGAUAAGUUCCAGUUUGAGCUGACCCUGGAGGAGGAGGGCGAGUCGGACACGGAGCCGGAGGGGGCCGAGAGCCCCUUGGAUGAGGACAACAGUGGCUCCAAGACACCAGCCACAGAUGACUCGGAGGUGGCUGACACUGAGCACUUGUCACCCGACCCCGGGGACCAGGACUCACCUGUCCCCCACCCCAGGGACGUGGACAACCGGCGGGCGCUGGAGGGGACGCUGCCGAAGGACGGUGGUGGCGGCGGGUGCUCAGUGCUGGGGCCCGAAGGCAGCCAUGGGAUGUGCCUGGACACAGAGGGCAACCUCACAUUCCUGCCCCAUGGCACGUAGCGGCACCAGCCCGUGGGUCCCCUCGCUGCCGUGGGGACGUGGGACUGGGUGCUGUCCCAGCAGGUGCUGGGGGGAGUGGGAGAGCUGGCAGUGGAGAGCACUGUCACCAUUGGGACACAGAAGGACCCAAGCGUGUCCCUACGCAGGAGCUGGGCAGGUCCUGAUGGGCACGAGGACGCUGCUCGCCCUCUCCCACUGACUGUCCCCAGCUCCCACCCCACGUCCCCUGGGAAAAUUCCCUGUCCCCUUCAGGCAGGGCUUGGGGACACUGUGCUCCUGCCUCAUCCCGGCCCUGGGGACAUCAUGCCCCACAGGCCUCCAGGAAAGAGGUCCCCCACAGGGCCAGGCACAGCCAAAAGCAUUUUGGUGUGUCUCCGGAUGGCCCCACGCAGAACAGCAGCCGAAGGGUGCUGGCGACAGCCCCCAGCACGAGGGUCCUCGGCGCGGCCAGGCACCAGGGCACGGCCACAAGCCCGUGGUUUAUUUCUUUGGGGACAGGUCCACUUUUUAAAGCCUUUUGUAGCUCACUUUUUAAUCCAAGCCUCACCUCAGCGCACGCACACGCGUUCCUGUGGCAGAAAGACACGUUUCUGCACUCGAAAUGCUGCGUUUGUACUUUGCACUUUGGGCCCCGGCGGGCGGUGUGACCCUCCCCGGCCCCGGGCAGCACCUGGGUCCUUUCUGUUUCUUCCUUCACGUUUCCAGAAAUUAAACCUGGUUUGUUCCGCCCCAAA